AAAAGAGAGAGACAUAGCUGAAAUAUCUGUUGAGCGAAAUCGUGAGAGUGUUUUUAUGUGGGUGCGAUCAGCACAGCACUCGAUUUUUCCAACUUUAGGCAACAAAAUGUUUCUAAUUUAGUGUUUGUUAAGCGCUGGUGAGCUACAAACUGCAACUGUCAAGAACUAAUAUAAUAUAAUUCUUUGGUUAUUUAAGUGGCGAUCACAGUGAUCGGGAAGCGUUAUUUGUAAUAAUAAUUAUCUAAAUAUACAUAAAAACAAAAACAACAUAAAAUGACUGUUGACGAAAAGGAAUGUGUAAAAGUGAUUGUCAAAGAAGAGCCUAUAAUCAAGGCAAUCGAAUUAAAGGACAUUGCUUUCCUCGAGCAGCAACCGGUGAUCGUGAAUUGUCCCGCCUGCGAAGCUGAAGCGUUAAGUAUCGUGCGUUUGGAGGCCGUUACGUGUCUGCAACGAUUUCUCAGCGCAACGAAGUUGUGUAAAAAUUGGCAACGCCGCACCGACAUCAAUCAUUAUUGCAGCAAAUGCGGCUGUUACAUUGGCCGUUUUGUGCCGAUUAAUUGCAGCGAACGUUGCUUGUCGCGCAGCGCACGGAAAAUGGCAGCCAAUGAUAGCAUGUCUCUGAAGACGCCACCGAACGAUUGUGCGGCGCAAGUGCAAAGGAAGCGUGAAGAAGUGAAAGCGAAGCGUGCGUCAGCAAAAGCAGAGAAAGAAGCGGCUAAAACACAGGAAACAACAGUGGUGGAGCAAGUGGAGGCGAAGUGAUAUUCAAACAGGAAAUUACGACUUGAGCUGGCUGAGCGAUAGUUUGUCAAAGGAGAAGAGCGGAAUAAUUGAAUCCAUUUCUAUAAUGAAUAAUUUUAUAUUAAAUUUACUGAAUUAAAGAAAAUACUUAGGGGAAAAUAAUAACGAUAUCAGUGAAAGUUGUUAAAUAUCUUUACAU